AUGCAUUCCAUCAGGGAGCUGAAGUCUAACUUCAGCGGCGCACCUCCUGCCUCCAUGGCGGCCGGCCCUGAUGCAUAUCUGCAGGGCAGCAUCAGGAUGACUCUGGAAGACCUUGAACUCUGGAAGACUUUCCAUGAAAUUGGAACGGAGAUGAUCAUCACCAAACCGGGCAGGAGGAUGUUCCCACACUGUAAAGUGAGUUUAUCUGGUCUUAUUCCAUGUGCCAAGUACAUCUUACUGGUUGACAUGGUUCCUGAGGAUGGUUUCAGGUAUAAGUGGAAUAAAGAGAAAUGGGAGGUGGCAGGAAAAGCGGAGCCUCAGCCCCCCUGCAGGACCUACGUCCACCCAGACUCUCCAGCCUUGGGGAGCCACUGGAUGAAGCAGAGCAUCUCCUUCCUCAAGCUCAAGCUCACCAACAAUACACUUGACCAGCAUGGGCACAUCAUUUUGCACUCGAUGCAUCGCUACCACCCGCGCUUCCACGUCGUCCAAGCAGAUGACCUGUUCAGCGUCCGCUGGAGCGUCUUCCAGACUUUCACCUUCCCAGAGACGUCCUUCACUGCAGUCACUGCCUACCAGAACACCAAGAUCACAAAGCUGAAGAUCGACCACAACCCCUUCGCCAAGGGUUUCAGGGAUGAAGGCACAAAUAAGAAAAGGCGUGCAAACAAAAACCCUCCCUGCAUGGAGAAAAGAGCCAAGAUGUCCGACAUGUUGAACGAGGACUCCAAGGAGAGAAGCUCACCAGGCUUCUGCCAGCCAUCCUACGAUGGCUAUGAUGGAGAGGAAGGAGGCCUGGCCAAAAGGAAGGAUGAGGACGCCUUGAAGGAAGAGCGGUACUCUCCCUGGGGUGCCGAGAGGCAGCAGAGUGUGAGGCCCGAGUCUCCUGCUGGGCCGGACGCCAGAGAUAUCUACAACACGGAGCAGCUAGUUCCCGCUCCUGCGGCCUACCAGCCGUACAGGACCCAGGAGUACGGGAAGUCUCCGUCCCCCUCCUCCAGCGUCGGCAGCAGCAUCAGCGGAUCGGGACGGAGGAGCUUUGAGUCCAGGGUCCCGGAAAUCUCCACCGUCCCCGAUCAUGACUCCUCAAAGCCCGGCCCGUCCCACUGCGGCCCCCAGCACCUGGCGGGCCCUCAGGACUACAGCGGAGUUCUGAACAUGGCCAUGGCCCCGAGCGGGAAGCCGGGGGUCAUCGGCCACCACAUUUACGGCCCUUACGGCACGGAGCAGCCGCUGGGCCAGUGGAGCGGUCCGGGACCGGCCCAGUAUCCCCCUCCUCACCCUCUGACCGCCGACUACACCGCACAGGCCGUGCACCAUGGCUAUCACCAUGGCAACGUCAGCGAGUGGAGCCAGUAUCCUCUGUUCUCUUACUCCUGCUGGUGA